UAUUUUCGCCCUGUGAUAAAUUGCAAAUUUUAAUGUGUCAUUGCAAAAAAAUAAUUACUAACUGCGGUCUAAAAAAUUUACACCCUGUAAUUUAAACUAUAGUUUGACAGUCCCUCUGAUUUCAGUUUCUGUGUGCCAUUUUCCCCAUCAGUUAGUCUGCUGCAAUUGAGGAAAGGAACCGAAUAUGAAGAGGAGCACCACCCAGAUUCUAGCCAAGCUGAGGGAGCUGAUGCAGCGCGCCCAGGUGGGCGACUCCACCAGCAUAUCGGCGUACAUUGUGCCCUCGGACGACGCCCACCAGUCGGAGUACCAGUGCCAACAUGACGAGCGACGCGCGUUCGUGAGCGGAUUCGAUGGUUCCGCUGGCACGGCGGUGAUUACCACCGAUACCGCCUUGCUCUGGACUGACGGGCGGUACUAUCAGCAGGCAGAGAAACAGCUGGACUCUAAUUGGACGCUGAUGAAGGAUGGCCUGACCACUACGCCAUCGAUUGGCGCCUGGUUGGCCAAGAAUUUACCCAAGGGCAGCUCUGUGGGCGUGGACCCCCGCCUUUUGUCGUUCCGUGUCUGGAAACCCAUCGAAACGGAGCUUAACGCCGCGGAAUGCCAAUUGGUUCCCAUUGAGAAUAACCUUAUCGAUGAGGUUUGGGGUCAGGAUCAGCCACCGCAAACAUCCAACACGAUUAUACCCCUUAAACUUGAAUACUCCGGCGUCACUAUCGCCAAAAAGUGGGAACUGGUGCGCAAACAAUUGAAAGAUAAGAAUGUGGAUGCAUUGGUGGUCAGUGCCCUCGAUGAAAUCGCUUGGUUCUUGAACCUUCGGGGCUCUGAUAUUGACUUCAACCCCGUCUUCUUUUCUUAUUUGAUUGUAACUAACGAGGAUCUACUUCUUUUUGUGGAUUCCGGAAAGUUACCUGCUGAUUUUGCUCAGCAUCAAACCGAGAACAAUGUAAAAAUCAGCGUAUUGCCAUACUCCUCCAUUGGCUUGGAAAUCAGCAAAAUUGUCUCAACCAAGGAGUCGAAGAUCUGGAUUGCACCCACAAGCAGUUACUAUUUGACUGCCUUGAUACCCAAGUCACGUAGAAUUCAGGAGGUGACGCCCGUCUGUGUGCUUAAGUCCAUUAAAAACGAUGUGGAGAUCGAGGGCUUUGUCAACAGUCACAUUCGCGAUGGAGUUGCUUUGUGUCAGUAUUUCGCCUGGCUUGAAGACCAAGUUAAGAAAGGUGCGGAAGUCGAUGAAAUAUCUGGUUCCGAUAAGCUGGAAUCGUUCCGCUCCUCGAAGGACAGAUACAUGGGCCUGAGCUUUACCACAAUCAGUGCUUCUGGUCCCAAUGGCUCAGUUAUUCACUAUCACCCGAGGGAAGAAACUAACAGGAAGAUAACCGACAAGGAGGUCUACUUGUGUGACUCGGGCGCACAGUAUUUGGAUGGCACCACGGAUGUGACAAGAACCCUUCACUUUGGCGAACCCACUGAAUUCCAGAAGGAAGCCUACACUCGAGUCUUGAAGGGCCAACUGAGCUUUGGUUCCACCGUAUUCCCGGCCAAGGUCAAGGGCCAGGUUUUGGACACUCUGGCGAGGAAGGCGCUUUGGGACGUUGGAUUGGAUUACGGUCAUGGCACCGGUCAUGGAGUAGGUCACUUCUUAAACGUUCACGAAGGUCCCAUGGGCGUGGGAAUUCGUCUGAUGCCCGACGAUCCUGGUCUACAGGCGAACAUGAUCAUCUCCAACGAGCCUGGCUUUUAUCAGGACGGAGAGUUCGGCAUCCGUGUUGAGGACCUUGUUCAGAUUGUGCCUGCUCAGGUGGCCAACAAUUUUGCCAACCGUGGCGCCCUGACUUUCAAAACAAUCACCAUGUGCCCUAAGCAAACUAAAAUGAUCAAAAAAGAGCUCUUAUCCGAUGUGGAAGUGAAGCUGCUCAAUACCUAUCAUCAGCAAGUUUGGGAUACCCUAUCGCCAAUAUUGUCACGCGAGGGAGACCAAUUCACUUUGUCCUGGCUCAAAAAAGAGGUUCAGCCAAUUUAAUUGUUUCUUAAACUUGAUCUUUUUCGUCAUUCAUAUCUAUUAUACUCUCAUAUAAUCUUUACUCGAGACUAAAACUGCUUUUAUGUAUCUUAUUAAUAGAUAAAUAUUAAAUUUUCACUUUGAUCAACAAAAACUUUUUAAAUAAAUAAGUUGAAAAAUAACGUUAAA